GGGAGGUAGAGUUGACAGUGUGACAGACUUACACUGGGACUCAUUGGAAUAACCGUCGGCCGGGUUUCUGUCUGUCCGUACCGAGUGAUGAACUGAACACCGGAGGGUUCGAGUCCCGGUAAAACCCGCAGCUCACACCGCCCGGCCCGGAGCCCCGCACACUCCCGCAGUUUUUAAAGGGACCAGAUAGGACGGCUUGUGAUUCCUGUGUGAUCACGACAAGAUGGGAUUGAAGUGAGCGGAUCACUGGCAGCGCAGCAAGACAAAGCUUUGUGAAUAUUUUACCAAACUACCGCCGUAAAACCUCGCCUAACUUCAGCCGACUGAGGAGGAGAUGGAGAACUGACCCGGGACCAGCAGGCAACAGAAGGCAGCUUCUUCUUCCCCGUCCCACCAGCACCCAUGGCCGGGCUCAAACGCCAUCACGAUGGCAAGAUCGCCGGGCUGUACGACCUGGACAAGACGCUGGGCCGUGGUCACUUUGCUGUGGUCAAACUGGCCCGACACGUGUUCACUGGGGAAAAGGUUGCAGUGAAGGUGAUAGAUAAGACGAAGCUGGACCCGGUGGCGCGGGGACACCUUUUCCAGGAGGUGCGAUGCAUGAAGAUGGUGCAGCACCCCAACGUGGUGCGCCUCUACGAGGUCAUCGACACCGCCACCAAGCUCUACCUCAUCCUGGAGCUGGGAGACGGAGGAGACAUGUACGACUGCAUCAUGAAGCACGAUGGAGGCCUCACUGAAGAGGUGGCCAAGUGUUACUUCGCCCAAAUUGUCCACGCCAUCUCCUACUGUCACCGGCUGCACGUGGUGCACAGGGACCUGAAGCCGGAGAACGUGGUGUUCUUCGAGAAGCAGGGCGUCGUCAAGCUCACUGACUUCGGCUUCAGCAACCGCUUUCAGCCCGGGAAAACUCUCAACACCUCCUGCGGCUCGCUGGCCUACUCCGCUCCUGAGAUCCUGCUGGGGGACGAGUAUGACGCCCCGGCUGUGGAUAUCUGGAGUCUGGGGGUGAUCCUCUUCAUGCUGGUCUGCGGUCAGCCCCCCUUCCAGGAGACCAACGACAGCGAGACGCUCACUAUGAUCAUGGACUGUAAAUACACGGUGCCUCCACACAUCUCCCAUGCAUGCAGAGACCUUAUAGCCCAUAUGCUUCAGAGGGACCCCAAGAAACGAGCGACCCUGGAGGAGAUCGGGGCCCACGAAUGGCUUCAAGGUGUGGACCCCUCUCCGGCCACUAAGCUGUCCACCCCUCUGGUCUCCUACCGCAGCCUGUCAGAGGAGGAGCACGGCUCCAUCAUCCAGCGCAUGGUGCUGGGGGGCAUCGCAGACCGGGACACCAUCACUGAGGCUCUUGAGUCGAAUCAGUACAACCACAUCACAGCAACAUACUUCCUGCUUGCUGAGAGGAUGCUGAAGGAGAGGCAAGAGAAGGAACAGCACAGCCAGACAAGAUCACCCAGCCCCAGCAAGGCCCAGUUUAGGCAGUCCUGGCCCACCAGAGUGGAUGUUCACCAGGAUGUCAGUGAUGGCUUGGGGGGUCCGACUAUCUCCCACCCUGGGGGGCCACAGUCCCCCGCUCGCAGCGCUGAGAGCCUCCACAAAGGCCCCAGACCCAAAACAGCUCUGCUGGACCUGAGCCAGCGGCAGGAGAACCAGCAGCAGUCUGCACGACAGAACCAGGAACGGGGGCUCAGGCCUCUUCCAAAGCCACACUCCAACCCCCUCAGGCUGGGCUCUUUGACCUCAGUGGGCCCGUGCAAAACCCGUAGUCCCAGUCUUUUUAGCGUGGAGGAGGAUGAGGAAGAAGAAGGGGAUGAAGGCAAAUGUUUACCCCCUUCUUCACUACCCGCUCAGGUGGUGCUACGCUGCAAAGCUUCUCCCUCGUCAUCGAUGUCUUCUUCUGGUAAUCGUCUGACGUCCCGUAUGAGCGCGCCAGUUCUUAACCAGAUCCACGAGGAGGAUAAAGAGGAUGAGGAAGAGGAGGAGAGGAGGGAGCUGCAUGGAUUCGGCCCGCCCAAACCCAGCCUCAGCCUCAAUCUGAACUCUAGAAUACCAUCACCGUCGACGCUCAUAUCAUCCCCGAAAACUGUCGGUGUAAGAGCGCCGGUUGCCGCUUUCACCCCGAGCUCAGAGACGAGUGACGACGAGACAGAAAGCCACCACAAACCAGAUACGGCGACUUUGGGUGGACAAGGGGUGGAGAGAGAAGGGAGGAAAGAGGGUAGAGAGAAAAGGGGGUCAGGGCAGGGCAGUCCCUCCAACUGUGCCAGUCCUGGAUCAGGUUCGGGCCAAGGCAAGGGCACAGCCAAAGCUGCCAGCGGCCUGGUGGAAAGCCUAAAGCUGAUGAGUUUGUGCCUGAGCUCUCAGUUCCACAACCUGACCGGGGGAGGAGGAGGAGGGGGCGGCGGCGGCGGUGGUGGUGGCGGUGGCAGCGGCGGAGUUGUUGCCGGGGAAACGCAGGAACGUCCCAUGUGGAGGAUGUGCAUGGGCGGCUCCACCGGUAGCCUGGAUAAGGUCUCGCUCCUGGGUGGCCCCUCGCCCAGAGGGAACCUGUACCACCACCAGCCCCCGCUAGGAGACGUGCUGGCGGACCCGCUGCUGGAGGGCUCCUGCACAGGCACGCUGAGGCUGGGAGAGCUGGACCUGGCCAGGGAGAACCACAGGAACAUGAAGAACCGCGUGCUGCAGAUGCCUCUGAGCGACAAGACUCUGUCCGUCAACAUCCACCGGAGCCCCAAGGAGGGUCUGCUCUGUACCCCCACCCCACACAGCUGCUGCCAGGUCAUCUAGACAGCCAGCCCCCCAUCAGCUGCUGCACCUCCACACUUAUCUUAACAUUCCUUAUCAUCUUUAGUUUCAGUCGUGUCACCACUAGCUCAUGUUAUUUUUGCAUUUUAUGCCGUUUCCUAUUAUUUAACACUUACGGUGGAUAACUGGGAGAAGUUCCAAAUGCCUACUUUGCACAUUUAGAGACGCAAAAAGUCUCCGUGGAGGAGACUGGGUGCCAUGCCAAGUAUGUGAAGCACUUUCAGCAGAUUAAACAGGACACUAAAGGGACAUUUUAACCCGCUGGUGCGUUUAAAUAAAAGACAUUAAAUAUGGAAACGGAUACAGGAGGUGCUCACAUCCUUGCUCUUACACACUUAUAUAUAUAUACUGUAUGUACACAUUUUGUGCACAUCCACACGCACACCUAUAUCACUCUGAUAAGCUGACGAGUUUUAGUGUCAUGUUACAUAUCGUCUUUUGUUGUACUUGAUGCUGUUUUUUUUAAUAGUUAUUUUUAAAGAUUCUUUUUGAGACAAUCAUUUUAUUGUUUUUUUAUUCUGACUGAAAGAGUUAAGUUAUGCCUGUGUUUUCAUUCAAAUGAGGACAAAGAACAGGGUGAAAAUGGACAGCAGCACUUCAGAAUGAUGGUGAAACACAGUAUUUUGUAGUCUAUCACUGUUUUAUUUUUCUAUCUCGAACAUGCUCUGCAGACUGGGAAAGAAAAGGCACACUCACUUGUCAAGUCUGCGCAGUUCCAUGGCAGAGUUUGUACAUAUGUGAAUAACCUCCUAGCAGUACUCUGUACCUGUAGUAUUGACGGUAAAGUUGUAUUGCAGUAGAAACCUGAAUACUAGAUCCUUAUACACCAUUAUUCGUCACUCCUAUUGGAUAUUCAAGGUUUUGGUUGAACCCAGAGAUCGAAAUGUGUUUGACGGCAGGAAAAAGAACAUUGAAAAUGAAACGUAUUACUCAAGUAAUGGCAGCUCUUUAAAUUCAAAGCGAAUGACUUGGGUGAAACCAAAACCAUGUACAUCCCGUAGCUUUCCAGGAUCACGGUAGCCACUGUUGUAGCGUAUUCCAAGACAAAAACAACAAGGGGGUUUAAAGACAACAUAACAACAGCGCCCCUUCAAGUGUCGGUCUGUGUAACUGGAUGUGUGACCCACCCCUAGUGGAAUAUAUAACUUGACAGUGCAUGUGUUUUUGCUGUAGCAACCUUAUUCUAACCCACUGAGGUCAAUCCACCUGCUGUAUCUACCUAAGUAACAGAUUGAAAUGGUCACUUUACUGUAGCCUCACAGCAAUACCAGCGACUGCAAAAUGUACAACAAAAAUGGAUGUGCCAUAAAAUCUGUCUUGAGCAUAUUGUACUGUAUGUAUAUGAUAGAGAUCUAUUAAAAUAAAAUGAUGUGAUGAAA